AUCAAUAAAUCAGAGAAGCCAGAAAGCUGCGAUAAUGUGAAGGUCGUUGUUAGGUGCCGGCCCCUCAAUGAGAGAGAGAAAUCCAUGUUCUACAAGCAGGCUGUCAGUGUGGAUGAGAUGAGGGGGACUAUCACUGUGCAUAAGACUGAUUCUUCCAAUGAACCUCCGAAGACCUUUACUUUUGAUACUGUUUUUGGACCAGAGAGUAAACAACUUGAUGUUUAUAACUUAACUGCGAGACCUAUUAUUGAUUCUGUUCUUGAAGGCUACAAUGGGACUAUUUUUGCAUAUGGUCAAACUGGAACAGGCAAAACUUUCACCAUGGAAGGUGUUCGAGCUGUUCCUGAACUUAGAGGAAUCAUUCCCAAUUCAUUUGCUCAUAUAUUUGGUCAUAUUGCAAAGGCAGAGGGUGACACAAGGUUUUUGGUUCGAGUUUCUUAUUUGGAAAUAUAUAAUGAAGAAGUUCGUGACCUUUUGGGCAAGGAUCAGACACAGAGGUUAGAGGUUAAAGAAAGACCUGAUGUGGGAGUUUAUAUCAAAGAUUUAUCAGCUUAUGUUGUAAACAAUGCUGAUGAUAUGGAUAGGAUUAUGACUCUAGGCCACAAAAAUCGUUCUGUUGGUGCAACUAAUAUGAAUGAACAUAGUUCCCGUUCCCAUGCCAUCUUUACAAUUACUAUAGAAUGCAGUGAAAAAGGCAUCGAUGGUAACAUGCAUGUCAGGAUGGGGAAGCUCCACCUUGUAGAUCUUGCUGGUUCAGAAAGACAAGCAAAAACUGGAGCUACUGGACAGCGCUUAAAGGAAGCUACAAAAAUUAAUCUUUCUCUUUCUACGCUUGGCAAUGUAAUUUCUGCUUUGGUUGAUGGGAAAAGUACACAUGUGCCUUACCGUAACUCUAAAUUGACUCGACUUCUUCAGGAUUCCUUAGGAGGAAAUUCAAAAACCAUGAUGUGUGCAAAUAUUGGGCCAGCAGAUUAUAAUUAUGAUGAAACUAUUAGUACAUUACGGUAUGCCAACCGUGCUAAGAAUAUUAAAAAUAAAGCUAGAAUUAAUGAAGAUCCAAAGGAUGCUUUGCUCCGUCAGUUUCAGAAAGAAAUAGAAGAAUUGAAGAAAAAGCUUGAAGAAGGGGAAGAAAUAUCGGGCUCUGAUAUCAGUGGUUCAGGGGAGGAGGAUGAUGAAGAGGGUGAGGUUGGAGAAGAUGGAGAGAAAAGGAAAAAAAGAAGGGGCAGUAGCAGCAGCAGUAGUUCAGACUCCACAUGUUCUGUCAUAGAGAAACCUCUGGAUAAGUUCUUGCCUAAUCAAGCAGGUAAAAAGAAAGUUUCCCCAGAUAAGAUGGUUGAAAUGCAAGCAAAAAUUGAUGAGGAGAGAAAAGCACUUGAAACAAAGCUUGAUAUGGAAGAAGAAGAAAGAAACAAGGCUAGAGCUGAAUUAGAAAAACGGGAAAAAGAUCUUCUUAAAGCCCAACAAGAGCAUCAGUCUUUGCUGGAAAAAUUAUCUGCACUGGAGAAGAAGGUCAUUGUUGGUGGUGUUGAUUUGUUGGCCAAAGCUGAAGAACAAGAAAAACUUCUUGAAGAAUCUAAUAUGGAGCUGGAAGAAAGGAGGAAAAGAGCAGAGCAACUUCGCAAAGAACUCGAGGAGAAAGAGCAAGAACGCUUGGAUAUUGAAGAAAAAUAUACCAGUUUGCAAGAAGAAGCACAGGGAAAGACCAAGAAAUUAAAGAAAGUGUGGACAAUGCUGAUGGCUGCAAAGUCGGAGAUGGCUGAUCUUCAGCAAGAACAUCAGAGGGAAAUAGAAGGCCUAUUGGAGAAUAUCCGGCAACUAAGCCGAGAGCUUCGACUUCAGAUGCUUAUUAUUGAUAAUUUUAUACCUCAGGAUUAUCAGGAAAUGAUUGAAAAUUAUGUCCAUUGGAAUGAAGACAUUGGAGAAUGGCAGUUGAAAUGUGUUGCCUACACAGGGAAUAACAUGAGGAAGCAAACUCCAGUACCUGAUAAAAAGGAGAAAGAUCCCUUCGAAGUGGACCUUUCCCAUGUGUAUCUUGCCUAUACUGAGGAGAGUCUGCGUCAGUCUUUGAUGAAAUUAGAAAGGCCACGGACUUCAAAGGGUAAAGCAAGGCCAAAGACGGGGAGAAGAAAACGUUCUGCAAAGCCUGAAACUGUGAUUGACUCUUUGCUACAGUAAAUGUUAUAGACUUGAAGUUACAAUAAAAAUUAAUGAUAUUCUCAUGGCUGGACAAAAUCUUUAAUUAAAACAUUGAAGACGUCUGUGUAAUUUCAAAUAAUGGAAGCUGUAAAUCAUGACGUAAGACUGGAAAUAAUUUACUUAAUAACGUUUAGUCUGUAUAUAUUAAGUUAAUAUGACAUACUGAAAUUGUACAACUGGUGAUUGUUCAAAUUGUCACACUCCUCUUCAGUUGUAUUGUGUAGGGAGCCUGGAGGAGCUUUUUGUGCUAUAUAGAUUGGCGGUUUAGAUGUAUGUAUAAAUCUGCUAGUGAUUUACUCAACUUACGUAUAUUUAAAUACCAGAAUUUCAAAAUAGUAAAAAAGUGUGUCCUGUUUUGCACAUGGGAAGUAGCAGAUUGAAUUGUCCUGUGUUGUGCUGUUAGAUGUGAAUGUUGGGGUGCAUAGCUGAGAAAUGAUUCUGUCCUCACACUCUCCUGCCCAGCCUGCUUCAGUAAGUCCUAGUGUUUAUACUAAUGUUCGUUGCAUCUUAAGUGUAAGAUGAUUGGUCUUAGUGGUCUUCCGUAGAAAAUUUUAUGAUUCAUCAGUCAAUCUUUGAAAGCAUACUUUUUUUUAAAGGUGAAGCUGUGUUUCAUCUGGACUUUUUUUCACUUUGAAUUCAAGUGUACUUCCUUUGUUGCUCUUGUUUCAUGUUCCCUUAAAACACGGAAUUGUACCUAAGUACAGGUGGUACAGAAAGCUAGGAAGCUGAAGUACUGGCCACUUGUGUGUGUUUGGACAUGUGUUUUCUAAAGGUUCACUUUGAAGUGUGGCCUAUGGGUGCUUGGCUUUGCUUGAUUCCAGAUUUUGGUGGGAAUGAUUCUGUGUCUUCCAAUUUAGAAGGGUUUGCAUUUUCCAGAAAAAAUCAUUCAAGGAAAAAAAAAUCAUCUUUUAAUCUUUUAAAACACCAUGUUUGGGUUUUGUUCUUAUUUUAUAACAAUAAAAUUUUCUUCGAAUUUCCUAUGUUGGUUAACCCACUUAAACCAUAUUCCUUUAAAAAUACAAAUUAUGUGUUAUAGUAAUUUGUAAUAGAUAGAAUUACUUGUUCUUUGAUUGAAUGCUUUAAAACAUUUUUAUGUUUUUUGAAAGCUAAGCUACUACUCCUGAACCACUUAAAGUAUCUUUUGUGGGUUUUUAAGUUACAUAAUCAGGGAUGGGCAGAGUGGUACAGUGGGUUAAACCAUGGAUGGGGAUGACUCCACCCGUAUCAGAGUGCUGAUUUGAUUCCUGACUCCUGUGCUUCUGACCCACCUUCCUGCUGAUGCAUCCCUGAGGCAGCGAGUGGUGGCGUAAGUGCGGGAGACCUGGAUGGAGUUCCUGGAUGUGGGCUUUGUCCUGCCCAGGCCUGGCUGUUACGGGCAUUUGGGGGAUGAACCAGUGGAUGAAAGAUUCCUCUCUCUUUCUCUCUCUCUCUCUUUGCCUGCUUCUGCCUUUAAAAUAAAUACACUUUAAAAUUAUGUAAUCAGUUUUGAAAUACAUUGGUUGCAAGUUUUAAACCUCUCAAAUUAGUAUUUAUUAGCUAUUAUCGGUUUGGUUAAAUAUUGGUUUGCAAUUUCUAAUGGGCACAUAGUGUGGAGAUGAGUGAAAGUGGAAGAUGGUGAGGUGGUGGUAAAAAUGUGUCCAUAAGUUUAAAGUGCAUUCCGGAAGUGGAAUAUUAACUGGCCUGUGCAUGGUGAGUAUUUCCUAGGUCCUGAGAAUUCAUUUCGCUGGUGGCAUUUUCUUUGUGGGUGUAAGAUAGCUAGCUGAUAACUGCUCCGUGGGACCCUUCUUUGAUACUGCAAAAACUUGAGGUGAACAUGUGUCUUGUAAGAGUUUUUGGGACAGUAUAUCUUGACAAAUGUUACAUGUUUUGGUAAUGCAUCUGUAAGUGUUAGUAAUUACAGAAAUCUUAAUUUUUAAGAUCAAUGCUGCUUCUUUUUAACCAUUAGCAAUUCAGGUAGAAAACGAAUAACUUUUGAAUUAUUUUAGAACAUUAUAGAAAUUUAAGCUAUUCUGUUACAUAUUUUUUCUGUUUUACCCCAACACAGUAAGGAAAACACAUCUAUGAAAAGUCAAAAUACUGAGAAAUUUUUGAAGCAGGCUGCGUUAUCAUUUGAGCAUUUGUGUUAGGACAAUGCUUACAUCAGAUGAAUACUAAAUAUUCAUCCUGAGAGAUAGGAAACUGACCAUGAAAGCCAGCCUUGGAUAUGGAAUGAAAAUAUGGGCAGUGACUUGGAGCUGUUCAUUUAACUCCGGCUCUAGGAGUUCUGUGGUUUCUUCACGUUUACUGUGCCUUUGUCCACAGAUGAAGUAUUUUGUAACUUCAGUGUUAAUUUCGUGAAUGAAUAUAGAUGAACAAACCUCCUUAUGUGAAAUAAAUAUGCAGAUUUAAAAUGAAAUGAGUGGCACAUAUAUAUAAAUAAGUUUUUGAAUGAGUAUUCUCUUUUCCAUUUAAUUUAAGAAGUAAUAUUUAUUUAUUAAAAGGAGCUUUGGUCAAAUGUUAGGGUUUAUAGUAUAUUCUUUAAUAACCCUGUAAUUAUAUAUAAAAAUAGGUAGUGUUUUAAAAUAUAAUCAUAUUCCUUGUUUUUGUUCAGAUUCUUGUAAAUAUAAGAUUAAUCAAGGGCGUAGGGAUCUGCGUCUGCACGUUUGUUCUGUAAAUAGAAUCCGCUCAACAAGCUGUGUUAUUUACCUUCUGGAAAAAGGGUGAUUUCUUUCUGCAUCAAGAAGUUUAAGGAUGUGCUAGCAGAGAGAGGAGUGCUACUUUGUCUGCAGUGUGCUUUAAAAAUUAUUAUGGUUUCGGGACUUUUUUUGUUGUUUGCUCGUUUUUGUUUUUGUUUUUUUUAGUUUGCUUCUAAUCUUUCCCCUUAGCUCGCCUGAAGGAAAGUCCAUGUCUUUGCAUCAGGGCCAUGAAUUAAGGAAUGGGACAGUUUACAUUUAAGAAGGCCAGUGUCUUCCCAGUUUCCUCACAUGUACAUUUGUUUUCAUUUUUAAUUAUCUUUGUUUCUAAAAUACUAGAAAAAAACAUAGGUCUUCCUCGUGCCUUUGAACUUACACUGUAUUCUGACUUAAAUCAUUGAUAAUUUCAGUAGCAUUACUACAAUGCUGUAUAUUGGCUAGAAUUACAAAUUGAACAAUGAGUUUGUUGCAUUGAUUUUGAAAGCCACACUUGCAUUUUAUUUUAUGUAUAAUUUGUAUUUGUUCAAAUUGUAUUAUAUCAGUAUUGUAUGUUUACAAGCAGCAUGGUUAAAUAAGAAAUAAAAAUCUUUUACCAAGUGCC